ACUCUCUUACGUAGCGCCAACAAUUCCCACUGCUAACCACGAAAACACAGGAUCCACCACAUUUACCUGACUACCUGCCGGCCGUUGAUUUGGGAGCCGCAUAUCCCUUAUUUUUUUUGUGCAUUUAACUUAAUCUAUAGUUCUGUCUGUCGAACUGGUCUGUGGUUGGCUUUAAUGUGUACAACGAUAUCAACGACUUAUGCAAUUUUCGGCUGUCUGAGCUACAAGUCUUCCCGAUGUAACGCUCUUGCGGACGGAAGACCUUCAGAAAGCCGAUGAGAUGAAGAACCUUCCAUAGCCAGAACCUUGGGCUACAAUCUCAACCUUCAACCACACGGGAGAGGUCUUCGACUGUGACGGAGAGGACAGCGGCGGCAGCGGUGGUGUUGGUGGUUCCAUGGUCUUUAAUGAUCCAGGGAACACCAUGCGCCAUACCUCGCGAGAACUCGCCGUGGACCCCUAGACUCUCAAAUCUCCCUCCGGUGAGAACCCGUUCCAUUGUCUCCCCUUGAACAACAACGACAACGACCCCCUCCCCGUCCUCCGCGGUUGCCCCUCGCCGAGGUGAUGAAGGACGUGACGGAGUGGUCGGAGCAGGACGUGUUGCGGUGGCUGUGCGAGGAGGGCAUGCAGGAAUACUGCGAUGCCCUGGGAGGCGCAGACGGCACCGCCCUCCUACGGCUCACCGAGGCCGACUUCCGGUCGCCGCCGCUGAAGCUGGUGUCGUCCGACGGUGGGCGGCAGCUGCUGGAGCGACUGGAGACGCUGCGGAUCGCGGCGCACAUCGCCGCAGCGCACCGGAACGGCCAUCUGCCCAACGGGCACUCCAACGGACACUUGCCCAAUGGCGUGUGGAAGGCUGAGGCGAACGGCGCGCCGCCGCCGCCGCCGCCACGGCUCAACGGCGUGCGGCACGAGAUGGUGCACAUCCCCAUCCCCAACGCGAGCGCCUCCAGCGGCCCCGUCACCACCUCCUCCUCCUCGCGCUCCCACUUCCCGUCUGAGUGGGGCAAGACGGCGGUGGCCUUCCUGUACGCGGUGGUCUGCUUCGUGACCACCACCGUGGUCAUCUCGCUGGUGCACGAGCGCGUUCCCACCAAGGAGCACACGCCCCCGCUCCCGGACAAGUUCUUCGACCUGUUCGACCGCGUGGAGUGGGCCUUCUCCAUCUGCGAGAUUAACGGCAUGCUGCUAGUGGGGCUGUGGAUCGUACAGUGGACCUUCCUCAAGUACAGGUCUAUCAUUGGCCGACGGUUCUUCUUCAUUGUCGGGACACUGUACUUGUACCGCUGUGUCACCAUGUAUAUAACCACCCUGCCUGUUCCUGGCAUGCACUUCAAGUGCUCUCCAAAGCUCAUGGGGAACUGGGAGGUCCAGAUGAGGAGGAUAAUGAAGAUGAUCGCAGGCGGCGGGCUGUCCAUCACAGGAUCCCACACCAUGUGUGGUGAUUACCUGUACAGCGGGCACACAGUCAUGCUGACGCUAACAUAUCUCUUCAUUAAAGAGUAUUCUCCGAAGAGACUCUGGUGGUACCACUGGAUAUGCUGGACCCUGAGUGCUGUUGGUAUCUUCUGCAUCCUGCUGGCCCACGACCACUACACUGUGGAUGUGGUGGUGGCAUACUUUAUCACAACCCGCCUCUUCUGGUGGUACCACACUCUGGCCAACCAGCAGUCCCUUAAAGAGACGUCCCAGAGCAACCCGUUCUCUCGGGUGUGGUGGUACAGACUUUUCCAGUACUUUGAAGAGAAUGUGAACGGCAUAGUCCCUCGGAACUACCAGCUGCCGUUGUCAUGGAGACUGUCCCAUUGGAACCGGAACGUACAGUACAGCAAACUGGAAGUCCACUGACCCCCCCCCCCUCCUUCCAGGGCAACAUUGAAAUCUAUAGGGCUGACCUUUCACAUCUCAUGGCUAGUGUUGGCGCCCGUGGCUAACAGAUCCCUGUUUAAAUGGUUUGCACUGUGACCCAUGACUUUAUUAACAUCACAUAUUUUUGCUGUAUUGUAUCAAAGACAAAAUAUCUGAUGAUACUUGGCACUAUUAAUUUAUAAUCAACCUUUAAUUUUGUUUUACUAGUGUGUUUUCCCCCGUUGGGCGAUUUAAUAAUUUUCUUCCUAAAGAUUGAGCUAGCAUUUAAAGACAACAUUUCGAAAUUUGCAUUUUUGUUUUAACAGCCAUACCGACUUCUGCGUACAUUUUGCUGACGAAAAACUGCAUUAUUUUGUGUUGGUUUUAAGUGUUAGUUUAUUUAUUCAGUGCAAGUAGUGUCAAUCACCGUUAAUUUGAUCAAAUGCCAUAAGCAGUUCCUUUUUCUUUUUCUUUUUUAUAGUAAAUAACCUUUUCUAAACUAUCCUUGCAAAAAGUUAGAUGGCAACAAAAAUAAUAAUUUUGUAGUUAACUCAACUUUAUUUUUCAAAAGAUUAUUUCCAAACCAAUGCUUUUCUAGAUUUUUACAUGUUUCAAGAUAGAGAACGGAGAGCAGACUUAAUCAGACGUGGUUUAUAGCAUUAUUCCAGUGCCUUCCUUUCCUAGAUUGUGCAACGGAUAAAUAAAAUGUGGACGUAUCCACGAGGUGGCAUGAAGUUAUUAAACGGUUGAUAGUUCGCAUGAAUGUAUGAAUAAUUAUGCCAGCCUUACCUUUGAGAUAGUUCUUCCCAAAAUCGAGUGCAAAGAAACAAUAUAUCCUGUUUGUAUAUCAACGUUUAUCUUAAUCUUUGACAUGUUUGUUCGAGUCAAGCUACCCUUGACUUAGGCUCAGCAUCUAUUUAUUGUCUUGCAUAUUUCCUUUUCAACCUGAACAUAUACACUAUAUAUUUUUAAACGUCUUGUACAUAAUGUGAGAUGGCUUCAUUCAUAGAUGUGGUGAAAUGGGUAAGGGUGAAAAUGUUAACGAUUAUAUUUGUUAAAGGCACCCAGUGCAACUUUCGAGGCUUAAAAAUAAACAUUCAAUUUCUA